UGGAAGUGGUCAAGCUUUAAAAUAAAUUUAGAAUAUUGUCUUAAAUGCAUCUGGAAAGUGUCCUUUCACUUUGUGUUUUCAUUCUCCUUUCUGGAUUUGAAAAUGUAAUCUCAACAAAUAUUUGGAUGAAUGACAAUGAGAAUUCUGGCGACGGACCUCCAGGUGGCGAAGUAGAUCUAUAUGAAUCUUAUUGCCAAAAGUGCUUAAGCCAAAGUUAUAAAUCAAAGUUAAAUGAACAGAUACAGAUAACUCAACAAAAUCAAAAGGUUCUAAGUUUGGAUCUUCUCGAAUUGAAAAGUAGAUUGGCAAUGAUGGACAUGCGUUUUAGAGAUCAAAAUAGUCAGCUUAGUAAAACCAUUGAAAGUCUACGUUUAAGCAAUGAAUUUUUACUUAAAAUUCUUCUUGAACCAUUGCGACAGUUAAAAAAUAUGACACAAGCAAAAGAAACUCAAACGGAAGUCGCAUUGAAGAAAAAUUUAACGAGCACAGGUUGCAAAGGCCUCUCAUCGGGAAUUCAGACUAUUAAAGUUCCUGGACUUGAGCCAUUUAAUGCUCUAUGCAAUGCAGAUGUUCAAGGAGGUGGAUGGAUUGUUAUUCAUAAACGAUUUGAUCGUAGCGAAAGUUUUAACAGAAGUUGGUCAGAUUUUAGCCACGGUUUUGGUCAAUUAAAUGGCGAAUUUUUUAUAGGGCUUGAACAAUUGCAUCGCAUUACCAACUCAGAACGUUAUGAACUCCGCAUUCAACUUGAAAAUUUUGAUAGAACUUUCGAUUUUGCUAGUUAUAAUAAUUUUUCGAUUGUCAAUGCAAGCAAUGACUAUGCUCUCGAAUCGUUGGGCGAUUUUCUUGGAACAAUUGAUAAUCUUUUGGAAAUUGUUUUAAAUGGUAAAUUUUCGACAUUUGAUCAUGAUGUUGAUGCAUAUGAUUCAUAUAAUUGUGCAUUGAAUUAUAGUGCCUGGUGGUUUAGUAAAAACUGUUUUGGACCCAAAUUGAAUGGCAUUCAUUAUAAAAGACAGUUCUAUGCAUUGGGCAGUAUGAGCUGGGAUGGAAAUAGUGCCCUCAAAGCGGUACAAAUGCUUAUUCGUCCAUAUUCUAAAGUUGAACAAUUAUAAUUUCAAAGUCAAAGAAAACACGUUUUAAAAAAUGUUCUUCUAAUCAUGAUUGUUUACUAAUCAUAAGUAAUGUCAAUAUAUCUAUCAUCAAAUGUUUAAUAUAUAAAUAUCCCAAAUAAAAACCUAUAUAUUCUGCAAUUAA